UUGGCGAAAGUACGCACGGACCGCACGGCUUUGCCCCGCAAAGCAAUCGUCGCCGCGCCGUCAAGGCGUGCUCAGUCGAUCGUGGUCGUCGCCUAUGAACGUAUCUCCCCGCUCGUGUUUUAAUGCCGGUAGGAUAGUGGCCGGCCCGGUUAUCGUCGCGCGUAACAUUCGCUGUGCACGUGCGUGCACCGCUCGCAGAGACUAAGCGUUAGUGGUCGUUGAGGUCGGGGUCACGAGGCGCGCCGUGAAUUUUCGCGCCAUCGUAAAAUGAAAACAUUGAUCGCCUGAAAGACCCAGAAAAACGUUGUUGUGCAAAGGCAAUUUCGAAGCGCGCUGAUACUUGCGCAUUUUUCCCGUUCGUCUUGGUAUGUAUCGGAACGAUUGAUCGCCGGUUUCACUUGAUAAAUCAUGAGAGCACGCUGCUAGUCGAGCGAGCGAGUAAAGUGUAAUUUCGAGAACUCGUCGAGAUAUCUUGCGGGAGAUGCGUUAAAGUCGCCGGAGACAGUGGCCGUUUGUCGUUCGCGAGGAGGCAGCCGCCGAUUUCGAAAGCACCGCCGUGAAGUUGUGCGCGAGACGUUAUAUCCGGUGUGCGUAGAAACGGCGAUCGAGAGAUCGGACUGGAACGAGAUAGCUGCGGAGUUUUGCUAAAGUAAAGAUGGUAGCUGUAUCGGCAAGAGGAUACUUCCAUUGGAUCGAUUGGCUGGUGUUUGCACUUAUGCUCCUUGUGUCGGCCGCAGUCGGCUUAUGGCACUUCAGGAGAGCGCGAAAGUCGAAUACACAGGAGUACCUGCUCGGAGGAAGAAGCUUAGGGCUUUUCCCCGUGUCCGCCUCUCUCGUUGCCAGCUUCAUAUCAGGCGUGACGAUCUUGGGUACCCCGGCAGAGAUCUACAACUUCGGCACGCAAUAUUGGAUCACGAUCAUCUCGAUUCUCUUCUCCGGUGUCGUGGUCGCCACCGUAUACCUUCCUGUCUUUACUACCCUCCAACUUAACUCCGUUUACGAGUAUUUGGAAAUCAGAUUCGAUCGGAGUGUGCGGCUACUCAUUUCUUUAAUUUUCCUCUUUGACGUGGUUCUUUACCAGUCGAUCGUGGUCUACAUCCCCGCGUUGGCGUUAAAUCAAGUGAGCGGUAUCGACACACACUUGAUCGGGGCCAUCGUGUGCAUCGUCUGCGUUUUCUAUACUGUUCUGGGUGGUAUUCGGGCGGUGGUAUGGACGGACGCGUUGCAAGUCGGCGUGAUGGUAGCGGCGGUCGUCUCGGUUAUCGCACUGGGGACCUAUCAGUUGGGAGGAAUGUCCCAAGUGUGGAAUAAGGCCAUCGAUGCCAACCGCAUCACCUUUUUCAACUUCGAUCCGUCGCCCUACACGAGGCAUACCGUUUGGACGGUGCUGAUUGGCUCCUGGCUGUACAGCACCGCGUACAUUGCCGUCAAUCAAACCAUGGUGCAACGGUACAAGUCGUUGAAGAGCACAAAAGUAUCCCAGUUAUCCAUCGCGAUAUUUACCGUCAGCAUAAUGGUGUUUAUUUCAAUGUGCUGCUGGUGUGGAUUGGUCCUCCUCGCUUGGUGGUCGCCACCGAAAUGCGAUCCAAGAGUAUCCGGCUUAAUUACGGCCGACGAUCAACUGCUGCCGGCUUAUGUCAUGGAGAUCGCUCAGCAUUUGCACGGGAUACCCGGUCUCUUCAUUUCCGGAAUUUUUGGCGCAGCUCUCAGUUCGUUAUCGGUGGGCUUCAACUCGACGUCCGUUGUGAUUCUAGAGGACUUUGUGAAGGGUUGCUUUAAAAUGAAGCCCAGCGAUCGUUGCUCCACCAUUUUCGUGAAAACCCUCGUCAUCCUGCUCGGCCUGCUGGCGCUGAGCUUACUCUUCCUGAUCGAGAAACUGGGGGGAGUUUUAGCCGUGACGGGCAGUUUAGCCGCCAUCGCAGCCGGGACUUCCUUCGGCGUUUUCACACUGGGUAUCUUGUUUCCAUGGACCAAUUCCAAGGGAGCUUUCUUCGGUGCCAUCGCGGGAUUCAUGAUAUCCGGAUGGGCUAGUUUCGGUUCGAACGUGGCUAUCGGUUCCGGUCUAAUAGUGCCAAAGAAACUUCCAGUUCCGUUGUGCGCAGGAAAUAGUACCAACUACGACUUUCUAAAGCAAUUCGAACCACACAACGAGGACGAUGUGUUUCCCUUGUACCGACUAUCUUACCACUGGGUCGCCCCUCUCGGCACGAUAGUGGUGCUUGUGGUGGGCGGAUUGGUCACCUGGAUGACAGGUGCGAGGGAUCCUUCAUCGAUCCACAGGGAUCUGCUGUCUCCGAUGAUUCACAGGUGGUUACCACAAGAAAGACAAAAGUGUCACAAUGGAGUAGAUGGACUGUCGAGCGAUCCGCAAGUAUCAGCGAAUUUAUUAACGGCGGUCAUUCGGCAGAAUUCGCGUCCUGGCACUGAGAUUGAUAUUGUUCCAGAAAAAAGAACAGACGUUCAUAAAUGCAUCGUUGUGACGACAAUGUUCUUCUCACGUUGAAGUGAUAUAUCCAAGAGAUUCCUAAACUCUCUUUAUAGCUGCGCAUAAUAUUCCUAUUUCUUUUUGUGCUUUUUUCAAAGUAUGCAUUUAUGCAAAUAGAAUAGGAAAUGAAUGUGAAAGGUGAAAGGUGAAAGUCUUCGAAUUACAAGUUUUUAUUAUAAUCGAAUGAAAACUGAUAUGCAUCAGAGUUGCUUGCGUUAAUGUAAGUAUGUAGAAAAGAAAACAUAAAGUGAUAUUUUUUUAUAUGAAUGUAUACGUAUCGCAACUGAGAAUGUAACAAUGUGACUUGUGUACGUGUAGUUUUAAUAUAGGAUAAGUAAAAGUAAUAAAUUGCUCAUCGUUAAUCUCAA